AUGACAUCAAAUAAUGGUUGGAUGAGCGGAUUUAGAACUCGCGCACAAUCUGCACUAGGAAAAGCAAAAACUCAGAUAGCACUAGCUACAGAUACACUUGAUAAAAAACUUAAAGAAGCUCAGGAAGACCUCGAAAGACAACGUCGAGUAGCCGAAGCAGCAAACGCAGAACCUCCACAACAAGAAAUAUGGCGAAAAUCUGAAGAAAAUCCUGAUGGUAAAAUUUUAACUGUAGUAAAACCACCUCCUAUAAAUUUACCAACUAUUCCGAUAAUAACAGAAACUCCUACAAUAUCGACUUCCCCUGUAGAACCUCCUACAGUUCGACAUAUAAAAGGGAAACGACGUACAUCAAAAAAACCUAGUGAAGGAUCUGAAUAUACUGCACAUAAGGAUUCUUACAAUGAUUCAAGUACUAAACAAAGAAGUAACUCUAUUAAAGAAAGAGAUAAUCAGAAAGAUAUUCUACUUUGUUUAAACACUAUAAUCACUGAAAUAGUUGAUCGAGGAAAUAUUAAUGAAUGUUUAAAUGACAUAAUUGAUAUAAUAUCAACUAUAGAUGAAUUAGUUGAAAAUAUUGUACUGAUCGAUACAUAUCAAAAAGAAAAUUUAAUAUCCGAACAAGAUUCAACUAGUCAUUUUAAUGAUAAUACCGAUAUUAACAAGGAGGAACUUAUAUCAUCUGAUACUGAAUCAGAUGACGAUAGUAUGCUAACGAAUGAAUCAAUCGAUCAAUCUAAUACAAAAACUAGUGAAAUAGAUACGGAAGACGUGAAAUUGCCAUCGUUGACUAACACUGCCGAUGAACCAAUCGAACAAAUUGAUACAGAAAAUCUUCAUACAAACGUAACAGACGAUUCACAAAAUAUUUCGAUAAAUGCAGAAGUUGAUGAACAACGAGCGUUCACAAAUAUCGAUGAAACUGAAAUCGUACAAGAUCAUUCGGAAAACGUUGAGAUUAAUAAAACGGAAGAAGAAUUAUCGACAUCAGCCGAUAUCACUACUACAUCAUUCGAAGUUAUUGUCUCUGAAGAUUUACAAAUAAAUACAAUAGAUGCUGAAUCGCCAUCAUCAAUAGAUGAACUUGAGUCGCCCAUUGAACAUUCGAUUUCAAAUGAAUCAAACACGAUUACAUCAGAAAAUAUUAUAGCAACAUCGCCAAAUGAACUCGAAGAUUCAUUUGAUAAAUUGAAUACAAAAGAUGUUCCAGUACAUCGACCUCUUGAAAAACCCUUAGAAACAUCCACAUCUUUAGCUGAAUUACGUAAACUUAUGUCAUCAAUGGAUGUUGAUUCAGAUUCAGAUGAAGAACCUCUAACAUCGAAACAAGAUACAAAUAUAUUAAAUAAAUUUAAAACCAAUCAAUCCCAACAAUCGGAUACUUUAAGUCUAGUCGAAAAUAUUUUACCAUCCGUAUCAAGUUUAGAUAUUACUCCCGAGAUUAUCACAAUUGAUUCUUCAGCAGAAAUUGAUUCAUUUAGUGAUGAAUUAUCAAUCAAUGAUCUAGAUAAUAAAACUUCUACCAUAUUAAAAGAAACAAAACUUAUAGAAAAAAAACGAUUUUCUAUUGUAAAUUAUCAUUCAAUUCCAUUAGGUACAAAAAUCUCUCAUAUGAUUUGUUCAUCAACUUAUAUAUACAUUUGUACUCAUGACCGAAAAAUUUUCUAUGCAAAAUUAAAUAAUGACAAUAUCAGUUUACCACUCAAAUGGCAACAACAUUCUGAUUUCGCUGAACGACUUAUGGUAAGUGUAAGUAAUCGAACAGUAUGGCGUUAUUUAAAUAAACGUCUUUACUCAUCAAAUGAUCCAUUGAAAUUUCCUCCAAUUGGUUCACAAUGGAAUGAAAUAAAACUUGGUGCAUCAUUAUUAAGUAUGUCAAUUAAUGAUCAAUGUGGAUGGUAUAUUAAAGAAAAUGGUACAUUAUGGUUACUUCGAACAGAUAAUGAUAUUAAUCGACUAAUAAAUGUAAAUUGUCCAUUUAAUUUAAAACGAGUCUUUUGUUUUUCGGAAAAAGUUGGUGUUAUAACAAGUGAUGAAGAAAUUUUAAUACGUGUUGGAUGUACAAAUGAUUGUCCUGAAGGUGAUGGAUGGAUUUUUAUUGAUUAUACACUUGGACCAAUUGAUGAUUUUGUAUUGUUAACGAAUAAUGAUGUUAUUUGUAUUAUGGAUAAAAAACAUCGACUGUGGAUACAUCAAUGGUCAAAUGAUAAAGGAUAUUUUGAAGUUUUAUGUAAUGAUGAUAUUCAAAUGUCUCAUCAACGAUAUUUAAUUAGUAUUAAUUCUGAACUAUUAUGUUUAACUGAUUGUGAAGAACAAAUUCAGAUUUUUUCGGAUUCUUUAACAGGUAUUAAAUGGACAGUAAUUGAAGAAAAUACUCGUUUACAACGUUUAAUUGGAGCUUUUUCAAAUGAAAAUUAUGUAUGGGCAUUAACAACGGAUAAAAUGAUUUCUUCAUCAAAUGGUCAAAUACUUGAAAAACCACGUCAAGCUCAAUAUAUAACACAUGCAACAUUUGUUCCAAAUAAUUCUUCUCAUAAUACUAUUCUUUGGUCACUUGAUGAAUCUUGUAAUAUUUAUGUACGAGCUAAUGUUGAUACAGAUACCGUAUGGGAACAAUUAGAUCAAAGUCAAUUUGAAUGGACUCGAAGAUUAGUUCACAUGGUAUGUAAUCAUGCUGGAGUUUGGGCAGUUGAUGAUCAAGGAUCUAUUCAUUUUCGUCAUGGACAUAUAUCUGCUAAUCAAUAUGUUAAUGUAAAUGAAUUAUCAUUCUUACUUCCAGCUUGGAUUACUAUACCUGGAGAAGCAAGACGGCAUCGAUAUUUUUCACAAGUUUUCUGUGGACCAGCUGAUUGGAUGGUGUAUGCUACUGAUAAUAAACAAAAUAUUUAUGCACGACUUGGUGUUAACAAAGAAAAUCGUGUUGGAACAUCAUGGAAACCUAUUGAAGAUUGUUCAGCUCUUGAACUAGCUAUUAGUGAACAUACAUUAUGGGUAUUAACAAGUUGUGGAGAAAUUCAAUGUCGAGAAAAUAUUUCUGUAGAAAAUCCAAUUGGAACACGAUCAACAACGUUAUCUGGUCGUUUCCUUUCACUCACUGUUUCAAUGGAUGAUAGUCAAGUAUGGGCACUUGAUUCGAAACGUAAUUUACUAAAACUUGAUAGAUUAACUGUUUUAUUUGAAAAAUAA